AUGACAAAACAAAAGAGCAUAUUAAAUCAAUCAUUAACGAUCUUAACAACAAUAACGGCCUCCUUAACCCCUUCAGUACUUUCUCCACUUAUCUCCUCACUUUCAUCCUCCCCAACUUCACCAACGACAAAACUUCCAAAGGAGCCACCACCAACAAAGCAAACAAAAAAACAUCACCGUAAACUUUCAUUAUUGUAUAAACAAAUUGAGCACUUGGAACUAAAAUUAUUAUUCAAGAAAGCUUUCAUCGAAAGGGAAUUAUUAUGUAAAUUGGAAUUGGCUAGAAAGAUUAAAGAAGACGCGAGCGAAUUCGAAUUAAAUAAUUUGGUCGAAUUAAAUAACAUUAGGUCGAGAUUGGUCUUCUUACAAACCAGGGAUAGACAACAAAUAACCAAAGAUACCAAGAAGAAAAUUGAAAAAAAUAAAUUGCAAAAGAAGAAUUCUUCUAUCAAGAAGAGUAAUUAUAAAACAACUUCUUGUUCUCCUUCCAACAAUUCUCUUUCGAUUCAAGAUUACAAAAAUUCUUCUUCCUUCAACGUCAAUGUAUCUUCGAAUAAUAAAAAUUUAAUUUUGGAAAAUUUGUCAAUCAAUGAAUUAUUAAAUUUAUUAGAUCAAAAAGAAAACGAAAUGAAUUCCGCUAUCCAAUCAUCUCAAAAUCAAAUUGAAGAAUUAUUAAAAGAUGCUUAUGAUUAUUUAGAAGAAGAAGAAUAUUUAAAAUUAGAUAUACAUGAUAUUAAAUUAGAAAUCGACGAUUUGGAAACAAUGUGCAUCUAA